AUGGAUGCGCUUUCCCUCUCUGUUCACCAUCUUUCGUCCGAUGAAUCAAGCCAAACCGACUUUAUAGAGGGACACCGGAAAAUUGUACGGUUGGGAAACGAUAAGCUGCUUAAAUAUGGACCGUCCGCAGAAAUCGAGCUCGAGGCUGAAAAUAUGCGCUACAUCGCUGCAAAUACUACCAUUCCUAUUCCUCACAUACACGAUAUCGGAAAUCACAAUAGUGGCAUCAAGUCUAUCGUAAUGGACUACAUCGACAGCCAUACACUACAAGAUAUCUGGUCGAGCAUGCUCCCAUCCCAAAAGAUGUUUGUCGCCGAACAACUGCGCGGAUACGUACUCCAACUGCGAGACUUGCCUUUUCCUGAGCCCAUAGGCCAUCAAAUUGAUCCUGUGGAUAUAUAUUCUUUGGACAUCACCCGAAACCCAGAGCGCCAAGUGCGACUCACUGAGCAACCGUUCACACGAAUGACCACUUUGAAUAUUCAUAUUUUACAGCGGCACGCAUCAGGGAAACGAAAAGAAAAGUUGGCCUUCACGCACGGAGACCUAGCACCAAGAAAUAUACUAGUCAAUGACUACGGCCAAGUCACUGCAGUCUUGGAUUGGGAAUAUGCGGGCUGGUACCCUCAAUGGUGGGAGAGUGUGAAGGCAUAUCAAUUUUGCAACGACGUUCCUGAUUGGAAGGCUUAUUUGUCUGCUAUUCUCCCGCCGGAUCAUGAGACGGAGUAUAUGGCUGUGGCUUUUUCCAGACACUUUUGA